UUGAACUGUAUGGGAAGAAGUGGCUAGAAGCCAUUUAAAAUAAUAUAGAAAAUUUCAAAGAAAUGAUAUAAAAUAAUAAAAGUAAAAUCUAAAAUAUAAUCAGAAAAAUUAUUAUUUUUUUACUUGGUUGGUAAUAAUGAAGUCUGACUGCUGGAUGUUAUUAAUUGUGGCUUGAAAUCAUCAUAAAACAAAACGAACUGUUUUGAACUAGCAAUGCAAAAUAGCAUGGAUUUUAGUGACCUGAUGAACAGGGCUUCAAAGAAUCAAGAAAACGUGGUGAAUAAUGUUAAAAAUAAAAAGUCCAAAGACAAUGGCUCAAAUCAAGUUUCAAGUGCGGCAGUUAAAGCUUUUUUGGCGCGACAAAAUGCCGAGAAAAUCAAGCAAAAAGAACAGGAAGAAGCUGCCAGACGAGCGAGAAUACAAGCACGACUGCAGGGAAAGCAACUGGAUAAAUCAAAGACAAAGACGAAUACUGAAGAUGUUAAUAAAGCUGGUGAACGAACCCAACAAACUUCUGCAAUAAAUAAACAUACACGGAGAGGUUAUGACUCGACUUCUUCUAUAUCCAAAAAACAGUCAAAACACAAUUUAGCUCAAAAGAAAAAGUCCGAAGAUGAAAGACAACUUUCAAAGUCGAAAGAGAAUGAAAAGUUGAAAAAUUCGUCUCAAGAAAGGACUAAUACGACCAUAGAAAAGAAACAUAUUGGAAAAGUUAAAAAACCUCCACCACCAAAUUUGAGUUUUCAGGAAUUGAUGAACGUUGCUAAAAAACAGGCGGAUAAUCCCGAAGCGUUCCGAGCUGUGAACGAGCAAACAUCGGGAAACGAUAGUCGGGAGAGAACACAAACGAAUGAUCAAUCCAUGAACGAUUGGAGAAAUGAGGAAAUAAGAAUUCCAGGGAAGAAUUAUAAAGGUACUGGUAAUAAUGAUCGAAAAAAAGACACAGUUUCGCAAGAUAAACAAAGUUCGAAAAAGACGGAGAAAAAGUUACCAGAAAGUAAACAUACAAAAGGAAAAAACUCCGAAAGACAGGAUCAAAUAUCAUCGGAAAUUCGCCAUCGGAAAGCUCCGUCGACUGUCGAUCGAAAAGUCUCAAAAGGAAAUAAUCCAAAAUUGUCUAAAAAUUCAAAUGUAGAUUUGAGGGGUAAAACAUUUCAGAAACCAAAAGUGAUGACGAUAGAACGUGAAACAAUUUCUCAGAAAGACUAUGGCACGCCAAUGAAAUACCAAGGACAUAAAGAAUAUUUUCAACGUAAAAGACGACACAACCCGUACGAGGAGGAAGAGGAAGAGGAUGAUGACUUUAUUGAUGAUAGCGAGGAGGCACCAGAUACUAUUUCUAGUUACAUCAAGGAAAUUUUCGGAUACGACAAGAAUAAGUUUCGUGGUCGAGAUGAAGAUACUAGCAACAUGGAGUCAAGUUUUGGCGACAUUCAAAGAGAAGAAGCAAAAAGUUUACGAAUCGCUAAACUUGAAGAUGAAGUUGAAAAAUUGAAAGAAAGUUACGAACUCAACAACAACAACAACAACAGAAAAAAAGGAAAAAGUUAAAACGUUAGCUCCUGCUUUAGCUGGGUGACUGAAAAAUGGUAAAUUUUAAGAAGAUAUUUAUUGUUCAUUGUGUCAUAUUACUAUAGUCUCUGUGGUGUAGUAUCAUGCUGUAAUGACGUUUUGGGGUCGGCUGUAUGAAGCCUGUUUACUUUAAAGCCCUGUUACACUGCAAUAGACCUUAUGCAUAAUGACGUAACAAGCUGAGAUACCUGCAGGGAAUUCUGGUC